UAUGAUUUUCCUGGAGAGAAAUUCGAAUGUGAGAACAGCAAAGGUCUAUGCCGCCUUUUCCAGCGAAGAUUGCCAUCCUUGGAGGGAUGAACCUUACAAGGACUCGGAUGAGCGCAACACCUGGUGCUACCUCGUCACCGAAUUUAUCACGGGAGAAACUCUGCUUGAUCUGCAGACCAAGGAAGAAGAAGAUGAAGAAAAGAUGCUUCGGCCUGCCGUCCAUCGCAAAAUUGCAGCCAUGUUUGCGGAGCAGUUUCAACAACUGCGUAGCGUCCCGCCUCAAUCUCACUACUAUGGUCGAAUCAAUAACAGGCCAUUUCCUCGCCUAGGUUCGCUUGACAUUCCCAAAGACCCGGACAGUCAUAAGUGGGGCGGGCCUUACGAAUACGAUGAAUUCUUGGAAACAGUGAUGCAUACCUCGAUGAUGGCUCUUGCUAUCCAGAAUAGUGACAGUGGCAGUUUUGAACCAUUGAAAAGGCAUGCGUUCCAUCAAGCAAAAUCCGUUCUUGGAAAAUCCGAGCCCGAUUAUCGAGUUCCUGUGCUACAACACGGAGAUCUUCAGGCGCACAAUGUUAUGGUCAAGCUUCUUUACGACAAGAAGGGCCAUGCCUUCGAUGUUGAAGACUUGGUGUUCAUUGACUGGGAAUAUAUGGCCUGGGUUCCACCUUGGUUUGAGCUUGGCGGCCUCAUACGCAUCAGCAUUGCGGGGGAUAGAUUAGCCCCUUCUGUUGUGGAGCUUGCAUUGGAUCAAUUAAAGUUCAAUAUGGCGCCUGCAAUUUUCUGGGGUUACGGUAUCCACCGGCAUUACUUUAGGUAUAACCACUUUUAAAAGUAUUCGGUUGUUCAUCUUCGACAUCAAGUACAACAAUAGCGAGGUUCAAAUUCGGUACGCAUGACUAAGAAUGGGGAGAUUCCCAGUGCCUCUACAGAGAAAUGACCUAUUUAAAAUUAAAUAAAAGUAAUUGCCACAUUACUUAGUGAAACAACACCUCUACCAAACGCCACAUGCAACGACAGAGUAUACACUCGAUUUGCAUAUCUAACCCUAACAGACAGCUUGAGAGCAGUUGAAUCUCAAAAUAUGCGCUGUCAUGCUUAAUUUCCUCCAGACAUCUUUGUGCUCAACUUCGAUAUCUGUUUCUCUCAGGUAUCGUCGCUGCUGGAGUGCGCAAUACUCAAUUCCUGAUCUGCUUGCGAGGGCUUGAUUGGCUGCAAGUCCCGCGUAAACAUCAGAUGUCUUUACGAGGCUCAAAGCUUCUGAGAUGGAUCGGCCAGGGUAUUCCUGGCACAUGUUUUUGCAGAGCUUCAAAAACUUUGUACGAAAAUCCAGUCUGAUGAUAGAGCCCAUACGUUUGGCUCCGGAUAGUUCUCGUGUUCUCUCAAACACGAAGUGCACUUGUCGAUUUCUCUCAUAAAUCCAGUCAUAACUUUCCCGACCAUUCUUCUCCUUACUCCGCUUGUUCUCACCUUUCUCAACCUGUAGAUACAGAGCUUUUCUAGCUGGUUCAUCCGGAUGAUUGGCGAGCCAUAGAUCACGCAUCAAAUCUUCACUACCGUUAGAUUGCGUAUGUGUUUGCUCCGUAGCAGCUACUGGUGAGUCUCCUUUUAUUGCCGCAUUCUCUGCUGGUCUAUUUCUCGGGUUUCCACCAGAAUUUUCUGCUUCCACUGAUUUAGUAUCAGUUGCUGGUGAUGUUGUACGGUUUCGGAUGGUGCUGCUAUCAGAAGUUAUAUCCUUCUGUGUGGUGUUCAUCAUUACUUUUUCUGGCAUGCAGGUCUGCCAGUCGAAUUUAGCAUUGUUCUCAAUUAAAACAUCGAUUAGUUUCCUUACAUAGAGACAAACGAUCUUGAAUACAUGAAAAAUCCUUUGCGUCCAGUUGAACGGGGAAUAAUUGUAAGAUAGUGGGGACAAACUCGGAAUGAUUCGGGGUUGAGUGCCC